AUGAUUGCUCUACUCGGCUUUCCUCCUCAGGUAUUGCUCGCGAAAUUAAAGGCCAUGUCAGAGUAUAACUGGCCCCAGUCUGUCCCGAAUGACACUGGUAAACUGUGUGAUAAUGCUCAAGAAUACUUCAAUAGUCCUUUUUUUAACGCGAAAGAUGAACUCUUCUAUAAUGAGUUGAUCCCGUCUCGAAGCUUAGAGGACACAAUCCCAUUCUUAGAAGAGAAGGAAAGAGAGGCAUUUUUAUCUUUCGUUGGACAAAUGCUCACCUGGCUCCCGGAGAAAAGGAAGACAGCUCGCGAACUGAUGGAUCAUCCCUUUCUCAAACUUGGAGGUUGA